AACGCACGGAAGUUUACACACUCGAGACAUGCUUGCUGUCAACCCACACAGCCUCUCAGGUUCAUUCUUUCGGUCUGUUGGUGCCCAUCGGUCUAUGGUGCACUCUUUGUGGUCCAGCUUAAUUCACCUGAUUAUUGGCAAGGGGGUAUCCGCUAUCGUUACGGUGGACCGACCUCGGAUUUGAAAGUCAAUUUGUGUCUACGGUGGAGGUGGAACACACAUUGAUCUAUCCAUCCCCGACCUAUUUAAAUAGCAUGGCUUGGACUGGGAGAAGGAAAAGAAGAAGAUGCAUUCGAAGCCUACGUAUGGGGAACGACAGCUCUCCUUGAGGAGGACUUCCCCG